AUGAGCUUGGCGCUGCUGGUGGCAGCUUUGCAGCCCCAACUGUGUGAUCUGGCGGCCGACUCUGCCGGCCACGGAGUGGUGCAACAGAUUUUCAAGACCUGUGCCGACAAACCGCUUCUGCGCCUGCAGCUGGUGCAAGGGCUGCAGGGAUCGAUCCUGAAGCUUACCAAGGACAAGCACGGCUGCCUGGUCGUGCAGCAAGCCCUGGAGUCUGCUGUCAUGGAGAUGCAAGUUCUCAUUCUACUCGAACUGAAAGGCAAAGUGUUCUACUGCAGCCGCCACAUGCAUGGCAACUUUGUGAUGCAAAAGGUGAUCCAAACUCUGCAGCCAGCCGCGCUGAGUUUUAUGAUCACAGAGUUGAAGGAGAAUGCAGUGGCUGCUGCAUUGCACAUCUACGCGUGCCGGGUUUUGCAGCGUCUGAUUGAGCACUGCGGGCCUGCUACCAAUGGCCUGGUGGAUAUGCUGCUGCAACCAGGUGAACAGCUGCAGCGAUUGGUCAAGGACCCGUACAGCAGCAACGUGAUUAGAUCCCUUGUUGUUUGUGGCACAGUUGAACAAGUCCGCCCUGUCAUGGAGCUGUUCCGCAGCGAUGUGAUGAAGUUCUCCCGCAACCGCCACGCCAGCUUGGCACCUCCUGCACGGUGA